GUAACGUGGUUGCAUUAUCUGUGCACAUGGUUCAAGCUGAGACGUUCGAGUUUGGCGUGGAGCAGGGACAGAUGCUGCAGGUCUUGAUGCGGCACUGUCAAACCAUGAAGCGUCAGGAGACACGACUGCGUCUGGCCACCGCGCUGCUGCUUGCAACGUUCUUCGCGACUUUGGUGUGGAUACAGUUUCACCAACAAAAUACUACGGAAGCAUUCUCAGGCGCUCAUCAAGAGGCUUUGAAAACUACAGAUUCACCAAUAGGACACUCUGUUCAUCUUGAACCUUUAAGACAGAUGCAUGCUUGUUCAGAACAACAGCCCAUCGAGUGGUUGGAAGUGGAUGAUGGCUAUGACUCCCAAAAUUUCAAGCUGGAAAACCAAACAGUCCUCCACAUCUCCACAGAGGGCCUGUAUUUGAUGAAUCUGAAGAUCUCUUACCGUACAGCCUAUGGCCAGUGUGAGCCUGGUACAGAUUUGACUUUAGUGGUCAAUGUCACACAGCAGCAUAGAAACUAUGAAAGAGAGAGAGAGAUUAUAAGUGCUAAGGAGUCUAUGAUUUGUAGAGAUUAUUGGUUUCAGUCGAUCACUAUGAAUCGAGCAAUCAGGUUAGAAGCUGACACUAGUCUCAGGGUGAGAAUUAACCAGAAAAGUUGCAAGAUUGUCAACUGGGUUAAAAACAGUCAUUUGGAUGUCACUUAUGUCUAGAGUUGUUUGUUUUUUGAAAAAUUCGUAUUUGUAUUUGAGAUUAGUAGAAACAGCAUUAAGCAGGCGUUUAUUUUUUUUAAUGACCUAUUAUUUAGGUGCUUUAAGAAAUACUAAAAUGUUUAAAUUAAAUAUUUUCAGGUUUAUUGAGAGGUUUACUCUUAUUCUUUAUGUUGAAACUGUUAUUAAAUAACAUGACUACCCAUGUACUAUCCACAAAAGAGGCAUAUUUUGAAUAUAGUUAUUAAGUGUUGUGACAGCCAAAUUGCACCAAAAUGUUGGUAGCAGGUGAAAUUAUGUGUGUGUUUUAUGUUAAAACUUUUUAAAUGUGCAUUUAUGAACUGAUUCAUUAAGAGUUGUUUGUCAUUUGAUUUUAAAAAUCAGGUCUAUUAAGUUUAAUUAACUAAGUAAGAACCCAUCCUGUUCAUUGUAUUUACCUCUAGGUGGCAAUCGCAUACAUCUGCAUUUCAGAAUGUAACAUGUUUUUGUGGUUCGCUCAUAAAUCUGUAGACUUGUCUUGAAAUUCAAACAAAUAAUGUUUUUACAAAUAUUUGUUUCAAAGAUUCAAUUUAUAAAGCCACGGUCAACAAUUUACUACACAAUGAUUUAAAGGUAUAUCUAGAAACAACAAUGCAAAAAAACAUACAGAAUACACGGAACACCUUGUUUAU